AAGGGCAUCGAAAGAGAGCUCAUCUGCCCGGCAUGCAACGAACUAUUCACCCAUCCACUGAUCCUUCCUUGCCAGCACAACAUCUGUCACAAAUGUGUGAAAGAAAUACUCUUUGCAUUUGAAGACUCCCUGGCUGAUGGAGGCUCUGAAUCCUCUAAUCAGAGCAGCCCUCGGAUUAAAAUCUCUUCUUCUAGCAUGGACAGAAUUGACAGGAUUAGUAGAUCAGCCUCACAGAGGAGGUCUUUUGGGUGGAGAGGGAGAAAACGCAAUUCACUCACUCCUAGAUCAAGCAUAUUUCCUUGUCCGGGUUGCCAGCGGGAUAUCGAUCUCGGAGAACGUGGCAUCAAUGGCUUAUUUCGCAACUUUACUUUGGAAACCAUUGUGGAAAGAUACAGACAGGCAGCCAGGGCAGCCAUUGCUAUUAUGUGUGAUUUCUGCAAACUUCCACCUCAAGAGUCCACAAAGAGCUGCAUGGACUGCAGUGCAAGCUAUUGCAAUGAAUGUUUUAAAAUACAUCAUCCCUGGGGAACUGUGAAAGCUCAGCAUGAAUAUGUAGCACCAACUACCAACUUCAGACCCAAGAUUUUGAUGUGUCCAGAACAUGAAAUGGAGAGGGUAAACAUGUACUGUGAAAUCUGCAGAAGGCCUGUUUGUCAUCUUUGUAAACUGGGUGGAUGUCAUGCAAACCAUAGAGUAACAACCAUGAGCACUGCCUACAAAACCCUUAAGGAUAAGCUUUCAAAAGCUGUCGAGUACAUCAUCAGUAAGGAGAGCCAGGUGAAAGCUUGCAUCACACAGCUGGAUGUGCUGCUGAAAGAAACAGAGUGCAACAGUGAAAGAGCUAAAGAAGAAGCAUCUCGGAGUUUUGAGAAAUUAUCUCAUGUCCUGGAAGAGAAGAAAAAUGCAGCUCUUAGGACAAUUGAAGCUUCUAAGAAUGUAAGGCUGGAAAAAUUGCAAGCACAAGCAGAAGAAUAUCAAGGGCUCCUGGAAAAUAAUGGCCUUGUAGGAUAUGCUCAAGAAGUGCUUAAGGAAACUGAUCCAUCUUGUUUUGUUCAAACAGCAAAGCAACUUCAUGCCAGAAUCCAAAAAGCUACCGAAUCUCUGAAGAGCUUCACGCCAGCAGCUGAAACUACUUUUGAAGACUUUGUGGUGGACAUAACCAAGCAAGAAGAGAUUCUUGGUGACUUGUCUUUCCAAUUCAAUGGUCUAGAAAUACCAGAAAUCAAUGAAGAGCAGAGCAGAAUGUACAACAAAGCUCUGAUCAGUUGGGAGAGUCCUGGGAAGACAGACUCAGCUGAUACCUGUAUUCUUGAGUAUCAUAAGCUUAAUAGAGAAGAGGAGAGUGUGAUAUGGCAGGAGAUCAAAGCUUGCAGCAAGAGCAAAGUAAUAUCCGAUCUUGAUAUCGACAGCAGCUAUGCCUUUAGAGUUCGAGCAUAUAAAGGGUCAAUCUGUAGCCCUUGGAGCCGAGAAGUUAUUUUGCGUAUGCCUCCAGCUCCAGUUUUGAGUUUUCUUUUUGAUGACAAAUGUGGGUACAACAGUGAACAUCUCUUGCUGAACCCAAGAAGAACCUCUGUGGAAAGUAGGGCUGGAUUUCCUCUACUGCUGGGAUCUGACUGCAUGCAGAUGGGAUGCUACACAACCCUGGAUUACAUUAUUGGUGACACUGGGAUUGCCAAAGGGAAGCAUUUCUGGGCUUUUCGUGUGGAAGACUAUUCAUACCUAGUGAAAGUGGGAGUUGUUUCCAGCAACAAGAUACAGAAAUUCUUCCAUAAUACCCAUGAUGUGAUCAGCCCAAGAUACGAUCAAGACAGUGGUCAUGACAGCGGGAGUGAAGACACCUCCUUUGACUCAUCACAGCCUUUCACACUGGUCACUUUAGGUAUGAAGAAGUUCUUUAUCCCCAUGACGCCUGGUGCCCCCAAGGAUCUGGCGAGCAGAAUCUUUCCCCUGCCGUCGUGCAUGGGCAUCUGCCUUGACUGGGACAAAGGAAAGGUGGGGUUUUACGAUGCUGGUUGUAUGAAAUGCCUUUAUGAGUGCAACGUGGACUGCUCUGGCAUAAUGUACCCAGCAUUUGCCUUAAUGGGUAGCGCGGCAAUUCGUCUUGAGGAAGCCAUCACAGCAACGGAUGGGGAGUACCAAGACAACAUCUAG